AUGAAGGAGCGAUACACCGUCAACCCGUUCCCGGAGCUCGCCCUCAACGAGGCCGACAAGGCCUCGCUCCAGGACCUCGCCAACACGUACAUCGUGUCCAGCCUCGAGCAGUGCAUGAAGUUCAUGAACUCCGGUCGAAAGGUGGACCCGCGUCGCUGGAAGACGCUCAAGGAGAAGGAAGGACUCAAGGUCUACUCGGAGCGGCGCGACAGCGUUGGCUUGGCAAAGCCUGACGAGGCCACGGGUGGAGGACUGCCCACGAUCCUCUGCGUCGGCACGAAGGAGGGCAAGGUGGACGACCUCAUGUUCGGCAUCAUCAGCGAAGACCUCGAGACCAUGCGACUCAAGGCCUCGUACACCGACAGCUUCAGCGCCGCCGCCGUGCUCGACGGCGUGGUCAUGCCGACGCUCGAGAACCCGUUCCAGUCGCUCGUCGUCAAAUGGAUGGAGCUUGAUAUCCCCUUCAAGUCGACGGGUUUCGUCAAGAACCGCGACUAUGUCUAUGUCGAAGGCAUCGGCAUCAUCAAGAACACGGCGGGCGAGCGCUUUGGCUACAGCUUGCUGCACUCAGUCAACUUCCCGCAGACCCACUCGCUGCCGAGCCGCGUGCGUGGCAACAUAUCGUUCAUCGCGUACUGGCGCCAGGUCAGCAACAACACAAUGGAGAUGUACGCGACGGGCAUCAUCGACCCUGUGGACGAUGGUCUGGUCCGCAAGAUGGUGCCUUCGGUCUUGGCCGAUCUGUUCUUGGGAAGUCUGGACUACGCAUACAGCGGUCAGAUGCGCAAGCUGUCGUACAUGCUAGAGAUGCGCUACGAGGAAUCUAAAUUGCGCGGCACUCCGAGCACUAGCAGCAACUGUGUCACGUGUAAGUCCCCAUCCGGUGGACGUCUGCUCGGGAAGGGUGGCAGCUCGUGUAAGCUGUGCUUUGGCUACGUCUGCAGCGCGUGCAAGAUCGUCAGGAAGCUUAGCUUCGUGGACCCGGACUUGAAGAUGAGCCAGCGCAAGGUGACGUUUUGCACGGCCUGCAUCAGUGAGGUGACGAGCAUGGAUGCCGUUGACAUCGCGCGUGCCAAGUUGAUGGCCGUGCAGCAGGGUGUCAACUUCAGUGGAGCCUUGGGCUACGCUUCGUCCAGCAACUCGUCCGAAACAUCCUACAGCACCCAGGGCUAA